AUGUCACCAAUUACUCGUCUCCUCCCGAGGAAACAACUCGCAUCUCUAAAACCAACCCCUCCAACCCGCUGCAUCGCCGCAUCCUCAAUCCGACCUACCCGCCAAAUAAAAACGCAACCACUCCGUUCACCCCGAACACCAACACCGACACCGAUCUCAACCCUCCAAACAAGAUCUUACCACUCCUCUCUUCACCCUUCCCUCCCGCCACAUGCCUACACAAACAGCCAAAUCGCCAUCCUAGAAGCAUCUCUCACCCACGUCCCAACACACGGUUUCACUCAUGCAUCCCUCACCCUCGGCGCCCGCGACGCAGGCUUCCUCGACGUAAGCGUCCAGCUCUUCCCGCGCGGCGAAUUCGACCUCAUCCUCUUCUACCUCGCCAGUCGUCGCGGACUUCUCCGCGCAAAGAUAGAAAGCAGCGACUUCUUCCGCGAAUUCGCCACGAAGAAUGGUCUUGAUGCGUCUUCUCUAGAGGGCAAGGACAAGGUAGACACUAAGAUUAAAAUGUUGAUUCUGGAGCGUUUGCGCAUGAACGAGGAUAUCCGUGAUCAAUGGCAAGAUGCUCUUGCCCAGAUGUCUUUACUCGGUAAUAUCCCUCUCUCGCUAGCAGAGCUACACGCCCUUUCGAACGAUAUUCUUAAUCUGGCUGGUGAUGAGUCCGUGGAUGCGAGCUGGUACACGCGGCGCGCGGCCGUUGGUGCCAUAUAUGCUAGUGCGGAGGUUGUUAUGACUCGCGACCCGACGGGAGAUAUGAGUGAGACGGCGGAGUUUGUGGAGAGGAGAUUUGAGGAUCGGGAUAUUCUAUCGAAGAAGGUAGAGGUUAUUGGACAGUGUUUUUCUUUCUGGGGAAAUACUGUGCUUGGUGUUGGGAGGAGUUAUGGGUUGAAGGUUUAG